AUGUCGACUGAUCAGCAGAUCCGCUUUGGCGAACCCACGGCUACGGGGUCGCGCCCGGUCGAGACCCCAGAGGAUCAUCCCUCGCGGGAGGAGCUCCGAGACGAGCGCCCCGCUGCGAUUACGGAGCGGUAUUUGCGACUAUUCAAUGACCCGGGCUUGUCGCCGCCCGACGCCCCCGUCGGUCCGCCAUCCGUUUCGCCCGAGGCCUUUCACGACCUCUCCCACCAAGUGCGGGAACUGACGAGCAUGGUGCAGACCAUCGUCCCGCUCAUCCCUCAGCCGACGCCCCCGCAUGCAGACCGGCCUUUGCAACAACGGGAGCCCGCCCCUCGGAUGCACGCGCCGCAUCCCGGGCUUCCUCCGUCGCCUCAGAACCAAACGGCCCAGCUUGAAGAUCGGGAGACCAGGGGCACAUCCAGUCCCCCCGAGCCCGAGCGGCCACCCGCGAACCCGACCAACGUCCUCCAAGCCCAGUUGCACCUCUUCAAUCAACGUCUUAAUGAAGUGCAACAAGAGAUGCGCAGGUCGAAAGGGGAGCUCGGGACGGACGGAUACCAAGGGUCCCCGUUCGCGCCCGAAGUUAAGGAUCAGGUCAUUCCGCCGCACUUUCGGCUCCCAUCCCUGGACACCUACAACGGCGACACCGACCCCGCAAAUCACGUAUCCGCGUUUCGCACCCAGAUGGCGCUAUAUGGGACUUCCGACGCCUUGAUGUGCAGGGCAUUCCCAACGACUCUGAGGGGACCGACCCGCGCGUGGUACGACAACCUCAAAGCUGGUACCAUCUCUUCCUUCGACCAGCUCGCCCGGGACUUUGAACUCAACUUCCUCGCCUACGCCCGCCCGAAGCCGUCCGUGGCAUUACUCCUCGGACUCAACCAAAGGGAGGAUGAGUCCCUCUCCCACUUCUUGAACCGUUUUACAAAGCAGAUCCGUGGGCUCUCGGACGCUCAUCCUUCUCUAUUGAUGCAGGCAUUCAUGAUAGGCUUACGACCCUCCAGGUUCUUCUGGUCCCUAGUGGAGCGACCCCCCACGACGGUGCCCGAGAUGCUCCAACGGGCGAGUCUGUUCGUCGUCGCGGAAGCUUGGAUGGCCGGGAAACCUGGGGGACACAGAGGGACCAAGUCGGAGCCGCCCCGGCAGCAACAACCCGAGACAUCCCGGCGUAAGCUGGACCGACCCGACCCGUCGAUUUCAAGGCCCCCUCUCCCAGCCUUGAAUUCGUCCCGAACGAAAAUAUUCCUUCACAUAAGAGAGAAGGGACUCCUCAAAGAACCUUACCCGAUGAGUAGUCCCCGAGCAUUGGCGGACCAAUCAAAGUACUGUCGCUUCCACCGGCAACGAGGGCACAACACCGAACAGUGUCGGGAAUUGAAAAGACAGAUCGAGGAACUCAUCCGUAGAGGGCACCUCGACCAGUACCUCCGUCCAGACAAGGAACCUUCGCCAUGCCCGGAAGGCCCCAUCGAACGACAUAUCGAUGUAAUAACCGGAGGUCCCGCGUCCGGCGGGGAUUCCAUGGCCAGAAAGAAGGCAUACGCCCGAGCCGCCUCGGCCGAAGCUCCCAGCGUCACCUUCCCGGCCAGGGCAUAUGAACAGGCCGAGCACGACGAUGCGCUCGUGAUAUCAGCCAGAAUCGCCAAUGCGCAAGUAAAAAGGAUCAUGGUCGAUACUGGAAGCUCGGCCGACAUACUAUACUUUGACGCCUUCCAGAAGCUCGGCCUAUCCAGGGAUAACAUGAAGCCAGUAUCCUCGGCGCUCACCGGCUUCACCGGCGACUCAAUCUCACCACUGGGGGCAAUCACUCUGCCCCUCACCCUGGGAGCCCCGUCGAGGUCAAAGACGACAAUAACCACCUUCUUGGUAAUCGACCUCCCCGCCGCCUACAACGCCAUCCUCGGUCGGCCGACCCUCAAUAAAAUCAGAGCCGUCAUCUCGACCUACUACCAAACCGUUAAGUUCCCAACCCACGCCGGGACCGGAGAGAUCGCAGGAAGCCCUCGAGAAUCCCGGCGCUACUACCUGACUGCCGUCUCGUUGCCCAAAAAGGUGAGGAUCGAACAACCGCUAGCAGACCCUCGAGAAACGCAGAAGCCGACCCCCCACCUGGGGCCGAAAGGGACCACCGUCGCGGUGCCACUCCUUGAAGAUCGAUCGGAACGGACGAUUAAGAUCGGGUCAGAGCUGCCCGAGCAUGAACAAGGACAACUUGUCGGCCUCCUACAAAAGAACGCUGACAUCUUCGCUUGGUCGCCUUCCGACAUGGCAGGCAUCGACCCGGAAGUCGCCUUACAUCACCUCAGUAUCUCGCCCGGCGCUCGUCCGGUAAAACAAAAGCUAAGGCGACAGGCCCCGGAACGGCAGGCAGCCGUGCGAGAAGAAGUGACUCGACUCUUGGAGGCAGGCUUCAUAAAAGAAGCCGGAUACCCGCAAUGGCUAUCCAAUGUAGUCCUCGUCAAGAAGGCUAAUGGAAGCUGGAGGAUGUGCGUUGAUUACACCAGUCUAAACAGUGCAUGCCCGAAGGACUGCUAUCCUCUGCCUAGGGUUGACCAUCUGGUUGACGCCACGGCAGGUCACGCCCGCCUCUCGUUUAUGGACGCCUUCUCGGGUUAUAACCAGAUCAGAAUGACGCCCGAAGAUCAAAAGCACACAGCCUUUAUCACCGACCAGGGGAGGACGGUGAACAAGAUGUUCGCCCACCAGAUUGGGCGAAACAUGGAGGUGUACGUCGACGACAUGAUCGUGAAAAGCCAAGAGGCCAGGGCCCACCUCGCCGACCUGACCGAAGCAUUUGCUACGCUCCGCAGGUUCGGCAUGCGACUCAACCCCGCAAAAUGCGCCUUCGGCGUCACGUCGGGAAAGUUCCUCGGAUUCAUUGUACACGAAAGAGGGAUUGACGCCAACCCAGAGAAGGUCCAGGCGAUCAUCAAUAUGCAAUCACCUCGGACAAUCAAAGACCUGCAGCACCUCAACGGAAAACUCGUCGCCAUAUCCCGCUUCCUCGCCCGAUCAGGUGAUCGCUGCUUCCCCUUCUUCAGGGCGCUGAAGAACCCGAAAGGUUUUCAAUGGACGACAGAAUGCAAGGAAGCCCUCGAGCAAGUAAAACAGCACCUGACAAACCUUCCUCGACUCGCCUCGGUCUCCCCGGGCGAGAAACUGCGCAUCUCCCUAGCGGCCUCCCCGCACGCAGUAAGUUCCGUCCUGGUUAAAGAAAGCUUCAGCGACCAGCUCCCGGUCUAUUAUGUCAGCCACGUCCUCAAUGGUCCCGAGGAACGAUACCCACCGAUCGAGAAGCUAGCGCUCGCACUCGUGCUAUGCGCCCGGAAGCUACGCCCUUAUUUCCAGGCUCACCCGGUGGAAGUAAUCACGGACCAGCCGCUCCGGCAGGCCUUGUCUAAGUUUGAUGUUGUAGGACGGCUUCUCAAAUGGGCGGUAGAGCUCAGCGAGCACGACAUUCAAUACAUGCCCAGGACAGCUAUUAAAGCCCAGACCCUGGCCGACUUCAUCGCAGAAUUAACCCAGAUCGGGAACGAGAGCCUCAGCCAACCUCCCGAGGCCUGGAUCUUGCACGUCGACGGAUCAGCCAACUCGAAAGGUGCUGGCGCGGGGUUGGUACUCCGAGCUCCCGACGGGCGGUCGUUCGAACGCUCCCUUCGCUUCGGGUUCCGCGCCACUAACAACGAGGCGGAAUACGAGGCGCUUCUAGCAGGACUCAGAUUGGCUCUCGAGAUGCAGGUGGUCGCCCUCCACGUCCACACCGACUCCCAGCUGGUGGCCGAGCAACUCAGUGGGGGAUACGAGGCCCGCGACCAAACUAUGGCGAGAUACCUGACACAGGUAAAAAGCCUGACCGCAAAGUUCCUUCAUUUCACAUUAUCUAAUGUCCCCAGGGGGGAGAACGAGCGCGCCGACGCACUAGCUAAGCUGGCCUCAAUGCCUGCCCCCGAAGUCGGGCCCGAGGUCGAGGAGUUACCCGCUCGCGCAGUCGAAAUCGCGGCCACAGCUACGAGUGGCGCGUCCACCACCUGGAUACAAGAACUGCUACGCUUCAAACGGGACGGAAUUCUCCCGCCCGACGAAGCAUCAGCUCGGCGCUUACGUCGCACACACGCGUGGUAUACUGAGGUGGGCGAACGACUCUAUAAGCGGUCUUUUUCAUACCCCCUCCUACGAUGCUUAGAGCCCGACGAAGCUCAGACCGUCCUGGCAGAGAUACAUGAAGGAAUCUGCGAAGAACACAUCGGCGGACGGACCCUAGCACAUAAAAUACUUCGCCAAGGCUACUACUGGCCGACCAUGUGCCGAGACGCGACAACGCAUGUACAACGAUGUACCUCAUGUCAAGAACACGCCCGAACGCCUCAGCUGCCCGCAGUUCCGCUAACUCCCAUCGACUGCGCAUGGCCAUUUGCGCAAUGGGGUUUAGACCUCCUCGGACCCUUCCCCCCAGUCGCAGGACAACGGAGGUACAUCGUAGUCGGCGUAGAUUACUUCACAAAAUGGGUCGAGGUCGAACCGUUGGCGACGAUUACGGCACGGCAAAUAGAGAAGUUCGUAUGGAGGAAUUUGAUCACUCGGUUCGGCCUGCCAAAAACCAUCAUCACGGAUAAUGGGCCCCAGUUCGCCAGUCAGGGAUUUCAGGAGUUCUGUGCAAAACACGGAAUCCGUCUGAAGUACAGCUCGGUCGCCCACCCUCAGACUAACAGGCUGACGGAGGUGACCAACCGGUCCAUCCUGGACGGGCUCAAAAGAAGAAUAUCCACGGCUCGGACAGGUUGGACGGACGAACUCCCGAGCGUGCUAUGGGCGCUACGCACCACUCCAAAAACCGCUACUGGGGAGUCCCCGUACAGCCUCGCGUUCGGAACUGAAGCUGUCCUCCCUCACGAAGUAACCAUCGCCACCCUCCGGACAAAAAGCUACGACGAGGGAACCUCGGACGAAGGACUUCGAGCCGCCCUCGACCUACUGGAGGAGCGACGUGCCGACGCGCAUAUAAGAGCCCUCUCCUAUAAGAGAGCAGUCGCAAGGGUUUACAACCGAAAGUGCGACCCCGACCUAUCAAAUUAG